CUGCAAGUUUUGCUGCAGUAGAUCAAAGUUUAUUUUUCUUCAUUCUUUUCACUCUUUGGGGCAAGAAAGACAGACGGUUUCAAACUUCAAGCUAUUCCAGCCCAUUUGUUAACAAGAGGCUGGAGGGAAGCAAAUAUACUUCGGGGGAUCAAUCUUGAAGCUCUUAUAAGACAACAAAAAGAAAACGUUUAUAAUUUGAGCGGAUUGAGCAAACCCUAACGAAAGAAUGAAAGAACAGCGAUUUUGUGAUUUGCGACGGCGAAAACGCAAACGACAGAGGAAACCAAAGGGUAAAUCUUUUUUCAAACGACAGAGGGAACCAAAGAUUAAAUCUUUUUUCGAAGAACAGAGAAAACGGAUCGGCAGAAGGAGAUUUGAAGACCAGAGGGUGGAAGAGGUGAAUGAACGUCAAUCCUUUUCAGAAAUACCGUCUGCCUUGUUAUGUGAAAUUCUGGCUAGGCUUCCGAUUAAGGCAUGUUUAACUUGUAAGCUUGUCUGCAAAGAAUGGUACCAUGUCGUGAUCGGUCCAGAAUUCUCUUCUUUUCGCUGCCAUCGUACAUCCUCUCGGUUUCCCAUCUUGCUUUAUGAUAGCUCUGGUGUGGAUGUGGGGCAUAAUUUCAAUUUGAUUGAGCUUGAAAAGAGGUUCAAUUUCAAUGUUAAGGGUAAACGUUUUGUGGGUGUUGCUGAUUUCUGUAGGUUUAAGCAAAAAAUUGAUUCUUCUAGUAAGAUAUGGCAUCUGAAGUCUCAUUGCAAUGGGGCUGUUUGUUUCGCAAGAGGAAAGCUAGACUUUUUCGUAUGCCAUUUGCUCGCGGGCCAGUGUGUGAAGUUACAGAAUUUGGAUCAAGUGAGGAAUCUCUCUCUUUACAUACCUCGAUGUGAACUAGGGUGUUGCCCGGUGUCUGGACAAUUCAAGAUUCUCCUUCUGUUUUGGGACGCAAAGAUGAAGACCCAACUAGCAAAAAUACAGACUUUGGGUGAUUGUGAAUGGAGGAGCGCGGGCUAUGCACCCUUAAAGAUCAUGAUGGAUGGAUGUUUUCUGAACGGGUCUAGUCAUUGGCCUGACCACAGCUAUAUAUGGUCGUUUGACUUUGGCAAGGAAGUGUUUUCACUUAUCUCAUUACCCAAUGAUGUCAAUAAUGGAUCCUACAAGAAGAUGGAUAAAAACCUAAGCGCUUUCAACUCAUGCCUAUGUUUGAGCUGUUCCCCAACGGGUUAUACUAGAGGCGAGAUUGACAUAUGGAUAAUGCAGAAAUAUGGUGUUAAAGAAUCUUGGGUGAAGCAAUUUGUCAUAGUGGGUGGUUCAUGGAGUGUGCCUGUAAUGCAGUUGGACAAAGGAAUGAUACUCGUAAGGACGGGAGAUAACUUAUACGUAUAUGAUCCACAAACCAAGCUUUCUGAUGCAGUAGAGUUCAAACACAAUCGGCUUCUUAGUUGUGGAGACAAUGCGGUGUUGUUCGUGGGAUUUGAUGUAAGCUUCUUGAGGUUUUAAAAACUCACCUAUACACUAAGGGGCUGUUUGUUUCAGCCUCUUAAUGGUUCAGAUGUCUGAAUGGUUCAACACUUAAUGGUUCAGACUGUUUGUUUCUGUUUCUUAAUGGUUCAUAUGUCUGAAUGGUUCAGACAUUUGCCUCUGAAUGGUUAAGUAAUAUACAGGAAUGGUUAAGACCUCUUAUCUGAAUUGAUCAGACAUUUGUCUCUGAAUAGUUAAGCAAUAUACUAGCUCUUAAUGGUUCAGACCUCUUACUGGUUCAGCACUUAAUGGUUCAGACCUCUUACUACCUGUUCAGCACUUACCUAUUCAG